UCCAUAUUUCACGCCUGGAGUAAUUCGCCGCUGCCCUCGCUCUAUAUUUCGCAACCACCCCUGCCAAAACGACCCGACUACAUAUUUCAUCCUAGUCUAUGCCACGUCACAGCACCAGCCUCCAAGGCACCCUAGACACUCUAGGCACUCUCUGAAUGCACAGCCUUGCACUAACUACGCCGCAGUACAUUUGCUGCCUAUCCUGUAUACCUUGUUGAGGAUAGAUACUUUGCUCUCUGUGUGAUAUAUAUUGCGCACACUCUCAUUGUUCGUUUAUCAAGCGGGGUGACUCCUCACUUGCAUUGUUUCCUUGGCGCUCACUUAAUCUCAAAUGCGUGUGAGAAAACCGGAUACGGAGUCUUAACUGUUUAUUUUGAGUGCAUUUAUAUAUCUUCUUAUGUCGUCAAGUUUCAUUUCCAUUUGAAUUCACACUCUACCUUCAACAUGUCAGUGGUUGCCGUCGCAUCUGAGUCUACCUCGAAUGGCAUCCAGAGUCCAGUGCAGCGUGAACGGGCUGGAUCAGGACGACCUCCCAUUUCAAACGUAGGGGUCUCCACCAAGAAAAACAGAAGAUCCAAAAAGAACAUCUCUCAAAGGACACCUAUAGCUUCACAAGCUGGAAGUGCCACUUCGACUACGGGUCAGGUCCAGAUUCCUACUGUCACCGCAGACUCGUCGUCACCACAGCAAGAAGGACUGGUAGCAGACCAAACAAAGCGGAAGACUGAGAAAAGUGCCAUUUGUCGUAUCUGCAAGCGUCGAUUUGGCAAUAAGGCCGCGUUGAAGAUGCAUAUGCGGAACGUACCCGGGCAUCUUUCACAACAGCAGAAGACGGAUACCUCACAGAGCUCUAUAGCUGCUACUGCUGCAGGUAUUAUGACCAUGGAUAUUAGUGAUGGAAACAGACCAGCCAAGGCUGGUGCAGUGAAUGAGCCUACGUCGCAGCGCGGUAAACGAGCUGUUGUUUCUACGAAGAAAGCCAUAAACAAGGCCGAGUUACACUGCGAUAUAUGCAAGAGGGAUUUUUCUAAGGAGAACGGACUGCGGAUGCACAUCGAGACGUCAAAGGAGCAUAAGGCCAAUCUAGAAAGACAGAGAUCUCAAGUGGUGACUUUUCCAGCACCAAUUUCUCAACCACCAACGUUUCAUGGGCCGACAUUCUCCGAUACGUUCGCUUUUCUCGAACGUGCAGCAGAAUCUAUUGGUACGACAGCGGCAGUGGUAGUCGACUCGGACCAGCAGACAGACACUCAGCCAUUGUCGAUUAACGCCAAUGAUGGGAUUCAAGGAGGAUGGUCCGAUAUCCCCAAAGACAUGUGGGAAACUGUUCUAGAACUCAUGAGGGGGAAGUGCCAUUCCGUCGACCAGCUCGAGAAGGACGGAUAUAUUCUUCGUGAGUCGACGCCAGAGGAAAUGGAAGGUUAUUGGAGGUGUGAAAACUGUAGCGGGCGCCGCAAAAUAAUGGAAAAGCGUAACUUCGAGAAGUGUAAAUUCCAUCCUGCGAAACGAGACUACGAGAAGGAAAAGAACAAACCCUACCCCAAACAACGCCCCUAUUCCUGUUGCAAGACCCGCGAGGGGGGCUGCACCAUCCUCCCAUCUCACUCAUACUUACCUCCAGAAGACCGCAUCCUCUUCAAAUUCAACGACUACGCCCCUGCACCUCCCUCGUCCGCAAGGCAUCUCACUCCAGCAUGCCCCGCAGUAGUGCUAGACUGCGAAAUGGUCGAAGUCAACCACACCACCAACGAAGUCGCCCGUCUAUGUGCCGUCGAUUUCCUCACGGGCUCGGUCCUCAUCGACACGUACGUGAUGCCCACGGGCAAAAUAACCGAUUACCGCACGCAAUACAGCGGCGUGACUCCCUCAUUACUCUCCACCAUGGCCCUGCGACGCCGUGCGUUGAACGGCUGGGCCGCUGCCCGCGCCGAACUAUUCAAGUUCAUUGACGAGUCGACCAUCUUGAUCGGCCAAUCUUUACAUCAUGAUCUGGAUGUGUUGCGCGUUGUUCAUUUCAACGUGAUUGACACCGCGAUUAUCACGCAGAUGGCGGUCGAUAAGGAAUGUAAUAGACGAUGGGGCCUGAAGACGCUAUGUGGUGCGUUUCUGGAACGGGAGAUUCAGAAUAAGAAGACAGGCCAUGAUUGUUUGGAAGAUGUGUUUGCUACGAGGGAGGUAUUGUGGUGGUGUUUGAGGUUUCCUGAUAGGUUGGCGGUUUGGGCAGAGGAGGAGAGGGAGGCUAUGAGGAAGAAGAAGGAGGAGGAGAAAGCGAAGAGGGCUGCGGAGAAAAAGAAGAAGGAAGAGGAGGAAGGAGAGAAGAUGCAGAAAUAAUCUAGUAGAGCAGUGGUAGGAGGCGGAGUUAUCGAUGUGUUUCUGUUAUUACUUCUUCGUCUUGAUAUUGUUGAUUACUUAUUCCGAGCAUGAUGUGUUUUGUUUCUCGGGUCUGAACAUUAUUAUCUGUGAAAAGGAAUGGAUCUCCUUUUCAAGAUACGGAUUGUCAUUAUUAUUAGUAGUAUUUAUUAUUA